CUGCUUCUCUCUCUCUUUCUCCGAGCCUCCUCCAUCCAGCACCAGCGCCGAGGAUGGGCAGCGAGAGCGCGCGCAGGAGCAGCCCCGGCUCGGCCGCUCCCCCCUGCGCCCGCUCUUGCUCGUGCUGCUCCUCUUGCCCCGCUGCCCCCAGGGCGGCGCCUCGGCUGCGCUCCCGCCUUUUCCCACCGAGGACGGAUCAAAUUAUGACAUCAUCACCCAAAGGAAUUUUCCGGCCAUUUCUAUUUAUCUUCAUUGUGCUGGGAUGCUUCAUGGCAUGUCUGCUUAUUUAUAUCAAACCGACAAACAGCUGGAUAUCUGGUCCUAUUGAAUCAGCCAGCUCUGUUCUAAAAAUGAAGAAUUUCUUCUCCACCAAAAAUGAUUAUAUCAAUGAGACAACUAUUCUGAUAUGGGUAUGGCCGUUUGGCCAGACAUUUGAUCUGAAAUUCUGCCCAACAUUUAACAUCCACGGGUGCCAUCUGACUACUGACCGCACACUAUAUAACCAGUCUCAUGCCGUUCUUAUUCACCACAGAGACAUCAGUUGGGAUCUGACUAAUUUACCUCAGCAACCCAGGCCGCCAUUCCAAAAAUGGAUCUGGAUGAACUUGGAAUCACCAACACACACUCCACAAAAGAGUGGGAUUGAACAUCUAUUCAAUUUGACCCUCACUUAUCGCCGAGAUUCAGAUAUUCAAGUGCCUUAUGGCUUUAUGGUAGUUAGCACAAGCUCCUUUCCAUUUGAAAUGCCGAAUAAAGAAAGACUGGUGUGUUGGGUGGUGAGUAACUGGAACCCAGAGCAUGCUAGGGUCAAAUAUUAUAAUGAACUAAGUAAAUACCUUGAGAUCCAUACCUAUGGGCAAGCAUUUGGAGACUAUGUGAGUGAUAAAAAUUUGAUCCCAACCAUCUCCGCUUGUAAGUUUUACCUUUCCUUUGAGAAUUCUAUCCACAGAGACUAUAUCACAGAGAAGCUUUACAAUGCUUUUCUUGCUGGAUCUGUGCCAGUCGUUCUAGGUCCUCCUAGAGAAAACUAUGAAAAUUACAUCCCAGCUAGUUCUUUCAUUCACGUGGAGGAUUUUCUUUCUCCAAGGGACCUCUCAGAGUAUCUUCUUUUGCUCGACAAAAAUGAUAAACUGUAUGUUAGCUACUUCGACUGGAGGAAGGAUUUUUCAGUGCACCUUCCUCGAUUUUGGGAAUCACAUGCAUGCCUUGCCUGUGACCAUGUAAAAAGACACCAGGAAUACAGAAUGCUAGUUGAUUGACAAAAUGAACAUUUUCUAUCCUUGGCAAAGUAUUAAGCGGCCUGCUUUGAAACCACACAGUCAGAAUUAAAUGUGAACUGAGUGCUUUGUUGAAAUGAAGAUUCAGAAGGCAGCAUAUGAAAGUCUGUUUCCAUUUGGGGACAAAGGAAGCAGCAUUAUACCAGGUAAGACUAUUUGUCCAUCUAGCAGAGGCUGUUCAUCAUUUCAGGAUGCAGAAAUAUUUCCACAUCAACUGCUACCUGAUGCUUUUAACUGGCAACCCCACCAGUUCAGCCUGGGGCCUUCUGCAUAACAAAGCUCACGCUCCACUUCUGAACUUGGUCCCU